AUGCCCCCCAAACCCAGUCUCAUCACUUCAGGUCCUCCAAAAGUCGAUGCUUUCCGUUCAAUAACGGGUAAAAAUGGCCUCAAACACCAUGGCGGAGCGGUGUCCAUGUUUACCAAGAUUCGAUCGGAGGCAAGCCCGGAUAAUGGGCUUGCUUUGACAUUAAGGCGGCGAACCACUAUGAUAUCCAUUCCCAACACAUACACAGGCCCGCAUCCAUCUUCGGGGAUUGUUAUAGGCGCCCUGAUCGGCGCGGUGGGAAGCUUCGUUUUGAUCUUAGGCAUUCUUCUUUUUUCGUUAAACCGCAGAAGGAUUAGCGAAUCGGAGUCUGUAGUGACAUCCGAAGCCACUCGAUCGCGGCACUCGAAUGCGCGCUCCUAUCGACGAAGGACACCAGAGAUUGUUGAGCCACGGGAGAGUGUAACCGCUUCGAUGACGGAGGAGGAUUACAUUGAUGUGUACGAGGAGGACGAUUCGUUUGUUGAUUCGCCUAGAAGAGAUCGAUAUACAAGCCGCUGGAGAUCUGUGGAUCCAGGGGAAUAUGGUCGUGGCCGCAGGCAUAUGAGGUAG